AUGAAUCAACCCACUACUCUCUCAGUCAUCACUAUGCCAAUUCCUGGCACUCGUUAUGCUCCUAAGAAGUUCAAGGGAGACUAUACUCGUGUCAGGGAUUUUGUUCUCCACUAUGAGCGCAUCUGUCAUGCAAACAAUGUCACUGCUGAUGAUGAAAAGUGCUCAAGCAUUCUCCAAUACUGCUUCACAUAUGUUCGAGAAAUCAUUGAAGGAAUGAAGCAUUUCAUUACUGUGCCUGUUCCAGAUAAUUCCCCAAUUGGUUCAAUCGAAAAUUCUAGCACUCUCAGAGCACUGGAAGACCUGGAAACUCGUCUAGAAGAAACUAUUGAAGCCUCUAUCCCUAUCCCCAAUGCCAGCACCUUUGAAACAUUCUUUGACUUUAUUCGCUCAAUCAGGGAAGAUGAAAGGUCUGCUAUUUUUGGUCUACUGAACAACCUUCAAUAUAAUCACAACAUGAGUUCACUCUCACUGACUUCAGACUAUGUCAUGAGAGGACACCAUGGCUUCGAUGAAAACCACAACCUUUAUGCUGAUUAUGUCCUGCUCCAUGCUCAUUUGCGAUUUGACCAGAAUCAUGGACCUGGAAGAGCACAAUCUAUUAUCAGUCGCUCAGGAACUGCACAUAUCCGCUUCUUUCCUCAAACAGAAUCAUUUCCAAUUCCCACUGAUGAAGAUAUAAAUGGACCUCCAUCACGUGAUAUGAAUGGUCAAGUCAAUGUGACGGUGGAAGUAAUACAAGAAUCCGAUUCGGAGCCGAUACACAAUCAUAUAAAUGGAUUAAUUAAUGAUGACUCAUCCACUGAUGAUGAAUCACCACCCCCAUAUUCGCGUCAACAGUUACCAUCAAAUAUCAGUGACUCACCCCCAUCACCUUCCUCUACCAAUGCUACAACUGCUUCUUCGCUCCCCCCUGAUAAUCGCACACUCAUGCACCAUAAUCGCACACUCAUGCAUACUAUUUGCAAUGAUAGUCAAGAGGAUGAAAGGAGAUUAAUUCCUUACCGCCCCUUCAGCUAUCCCUCUCCACAACAAUAG